UUUUUCAUAUAUAAGAUUAUUAUACUGUUAGCUUUUACCGAAUUAACUAAAAGAUGUAUAGCCAUUGUGUGUUAAAAAUCUUCGGAAUCCACGUCAUAACAACACAAGUGUCAAAAUCUCCGGUGUCAACGGGAAGAGUUGUAACCAGAUGACUCAAAGAUGUUGACAAAAUUUGAAACUAAAAGUGCAAGGGUUAAAGGACUGUCUUUUCAUUCUAAACGACCAUGGGUACUAGCAAGCUUGCACAGUGGUAUUAUUCAACUAUGGGAUUAUCGCAUGUGUACCCUGGUCGAUAAAUUUGACGAACAUGAAGGGCCAGUACGUGCAGUAUGCUUCCAUCAGCAGCAGCCAUUAUUUGUAUCAGGGGGUGAUGACUACAAAAUCAAGGUUUGGAAUUACAAGCUCAGGAGAUGCCUUUUUACCCUCCUCGGUCAUCUUGAUUACAUAAGAACAACUGAAUUCCAUCAGGAAUACCCAUGGAUCCUGUCUGCUUCAGACGACCAGACAAUCCGCAUUUGGAAUUGGCAGUCUCGUUCCUGUGUGUCUAUCUUGACAGGACACAACCAUUAUGUGAUGUGUGCUCGUUUCCAUCCAACACAGGAUCUUAUAGUAUCUGCUUCUCUUGACUCCACUGUUCGCGUCUGGGAUAUCGCAGGUAUUCCCGGCAAGCCAGGAGGUUUACGAAAGAAGAAUGUAGCUCCUGGAAUGGGAGGGUUAGGUGGUGGUGAGGAUCACCACACCCGUAACCCAGAACUGUUCAGUGCUGGAGACGCUACUGUUCGGCACGUGCUUGAGGGCCACGAUCGAGGAGUUAAUUGGGCUGCUUUCCAUCCGACUCUGCCUCUUGUAAUAUCAGGGUCUGAUGACCGUCAGGUUAAACUGUGGAGAAUGAAUGAAUCUAAGGCUUGGGAAGUGGACACUUGCCGAGGUCAUUAUAAUAAUGUGUCAUGUGUGAUGUUUCAUCCUCGACAAGAAUUAAUUCUCUCAAACUCUGAGGACAAAUCCAUUCGAGUGUGGGAUAUGGCCAAAAGGAUGUGCCUCCAUACAUUCCGCCGAGAGCAUGACAGGUUCUGGGUAUUAGCAGCCCACCCAACCCUCAACCUGUUUGCUGCUGGCCAUGACAGUGGCAUGAUUAUAUUCAAGCUAGAGCGUGAGAGGCCUGCAUAUGCCUUACAUGGAAAUCUUUUAUAUUAUGUGAAGGAAAGAUUCCUACGUCGUCUAGAUCUGACUAAGAACAAGGACGUAGCAGUGAUGCAGCUGAGAGCAGGUGCACGAGCUCCAGUGUACAGCAUGUCCUUCAACCCUGCAGAAAAUGCUGUCCUUCUCACCACUCGAACUCAUGUCUUGGACAACAGCAAUUAUGAUUUAUACCAAGUACCCAAGGAAUCAGAUUCACAGAAUCCAGAUGCCCCAGAUUCCAAACGUUCAGCUGGCCUUACUGCUGUAUGGGUUGCAAGAAACAGAUUUGCUGUCAUGGAUAAGAGUCAUCAGAUUGUCAUCAAGAACCUUCAGAAUGAAGUUACAAAGAAAGUUUCCACUCCUGAUUGUGAUGAGAUAUUUUAUGCAGGAACUGGCAUGCUGCUGCUUAGAGAUGUUGAUGGGGUUUCAUUGUUUGAUGUUCAGCAGAAAAGAGUUCUCGGUACAGCAAGAAUAGCAAAAUGCCGAUACGUUGUGUGGUCUGCCAACAUGACCACAGUAGCCUUGCUUUCAAAACACACCAUCCUUAUCUGUAAUCGGAAGCUGGAGAGGCUUUGCUCAAUCACAGAGACUAAUAGAGUGAAGUCAGGGUCUUGGGAUGAUAGUGGUGUCUUUAUCUACACAACGAGCAAUCAUAUAAAGUAUGCUCUAACCAAUGGUGAUCAUGGCAUUAUCCGUACCCUUGAGCUACCUGUGUAUGUAACACGAGUUGCUGGGAGCUCUGUGUAUUGUCUGGAUCGCCAAGUUACACCAAGAGUUCUCACCAUCGACUCCACAGAGUUCCGAUUUAAGUUGGCUCUGGUGCAACGUAAAUAUGAUGAGGUAUUGCAAAUGGUCAGAGGAGCCAAACUUGUGGGUCAGUCCAUUAUUGCCUACCUGCAGAAGAAGGGUUACCCAGAAGUAGCUCUACACUUUGUCAAAGAUGAGCGCACCCGUUUCAUUUUGGCACUUGAGUGUGGAAAUAUUGAUGUUGCACUAGAAGCAGCCAAAGCUUUGGAUGACAAAGGUUGCUGGGAGAAGCUUGCUGAACAUGCUCUCUUACACGGCAAUCAUCCUGUCGUUGAAUACUGCUAUCAGCAGACAAAGAAUUAUGACAAGUUGUCCUUCCUGUACUUGAUAACUGGUAAUAUUGCAAAGCUUCGAAGAAUGAUGAAAAUCAACGAAAUCCGCAAAGAUUACGAAGGAUGGUACACAAAUGCUCUCUAUUUGGGUGAUGUACCUGAAAGGAUCAGAGUCUUGAAAGCAUGUGGUAAAACAUCUUUGGCUUUACUUACUGCUUCCACACAUGGUUACCAACAGGAAACUGAAUCUCUUGCAGCCCAUGUUGAAGCUGGAAGUAUCCCAGAGCCUUUACCAAGUGCUCAGUUACUGCAGCCUCCAAUGCCUGUACAGCCUAUGGAUACAGCUUGGCCUCUCCUAACAGUGGCCAAAGGAUUCUUCGACACAGCUGUGGCAAGUGGCAAGGCAGCUUCUGGAACUGCUGCAGCUAUGGCUGUAGAUGAUGUUGGUGAUAUAGCUGGUGAUGGAUGGGGUGAUGAUGACGAGGAGAACGUAGAGGAUGGGGAACUACAAGCUGAAGGUGGUGAUGGUGAAGGUGGUGGAUGGGAGGUCGAUGACGACCUUGACCUGCCUCCAGAACUGGAGGGCACAUCCUCUGCUGCAGCAGGGACUGGAGAAGAUGGGUAUUAUGUGCCUCCCCCUCGAGGUCAUCCUCCUACUCAUGGAUGGACCCAGCGCAGCCAGCUUGCUAUUGAUCACGUUCUUGCUGGAGCCUUUGAGUCUGCAACUAGAUUGCUACAUGAUCAGGUUGGCGUUGUGAACUUUGAACCCUACAGGGAUUUGUUCCUUUCGUCAUAUGCUCAUUCUCGCACAAGCUACCCUGGUGCACCUGCACUUCCAUCUCUGUCUGGUUACCCUGCCCGUAACUGGAGAACAGCGCAACUUAAAGAUCAGCUUCCAGCUGUUGGGAUGCGUCUAUCUAACCUCAUGGACAGACUGAAGGAAGCAUCACAGUUGACCACAGCUGCAAAGUUCUCAGAAGCUGUUGACAAAUUAAGAGCAAUCCUCUUGGCUGUUCCCCUUAUUGUUGUUGACACAAAACAAGAGGUAACUGAGGCACAGAACUUGCUCCGUGUAUGCAAAGAGUAUGUAUUAGGAAUCACCAUGGAACUUCACAGAAAGACUUUGGGAAAGACUUCACCAGAUGAUCUCAAGAGAUCUCUGGAACUUGCAGCCUACUUCACUCACUGUGAACUUCAGCCUGGCCACCAAAUCCUCACUCUCAGAACAGCUGUUAACUUGGCCUUCAAAAUGAAGAAUUAUAAGAUGGCCAUGAGUUUUGGUCGUCGCCUUCUAAACCUUGGUCCAAGGCCAGAAGUAGCCCAGAAUAUUAGGAAGGUUGUUCAGGCAUGUGAAAAGAACCCAGCUGAUGAAUUGGCAGUCCAGUAUGAUGAACAUAAUCCUUUCACAAUGUGUGCCAGCUCUUAUGUGCCAAUAUACCGAGGAAAACCAGAAGUACAGUGUCCUCUGUGUGGAGCCUCAUAUCUUCCAGAGCACAAGGGUAUCACAUGUACCAUCUGCUGUGUGGCACAAGUUGGCAAAGAUUGCAUUGGGCUUCGUAUAUCACCCUUACAGUUUCGAUGAAUGGAUAUCAGUGUGUGAAAUGUUUUAAACUUGUACAUGAUAGUAUCUGAGGUAUUUAAGUAAGCCAGUAUAACUUGACAAUGUUGAUGAUUACAUUAGGCUGGGCUUUUUUGUCUUAUUCAAUUCAUAGCUGCAGUGCAGUUUAUAUUCAACCCUAGCUAAUUUUAACCUUAUGAUAUUUGAGUUGAGGACUUCAGUUGCAGUGCUGUACCAUCUUUCAGAGUUAGAUGUUCUCCCUUCAUGCUUUGUGCAAGGGGUUUGCAGUUUAUUGUAGCCAUUUUUGUUGUUGCCUAAUAUGGCAGUCUCAAAAUUGAUAACAAUCGUAUAUAAUUUUAAAUUGAUACUUGUAAGGGAUUUUACUUUCAAAGAAUAUUGUAUAUAUAUAUGAGUAAUUUAUGGUUCUUGUGUAAGUGGAAUGUUAUUUUGAGAAUAUUUCAUCACUAUCAUUUAGUCAACAGCGCCAAAAUCUUUUCAAGUGUUUGAAAUGUAUUCUGUUCCUUAAUUAAACAUAUGUUAUUUUUGUUAGGCAGUUAAUAUUUUAUAAAAUAUGAAUAAUAAAUGAUAUAUUUAA